AUGGGCAGAUCGCGAAGAGCUGGACGCCUAGUCCAGCUCCGCAGAUUAACACGAGCGUACGCUACGCCUGGGGUCUUUGACCCCAGGAUUUUUGACAGGCCACUCGAGCCCCCAAAACCAGCAAUCCAGCUUCCUCCACCGCAACCUCAGGUCCCAUGCCUGACACACCGACUUCCUCCACCGGGGUCACAUUCCCCGAACCAGCUCAUAGCCCCUCCUCCUACGAAACCUCCGCUCACCCCCGGCCACCCACACUUCCUACCGCAAUAUAGGCCACCGGAUCCCUGCCCGGUCAGAGCGUGGGCACCACGCCCGCCGAUCACCCCCGCGCCUAGGCCUCCAAAGGCCAGCCUUGCCAGGGCGCCCCCUGCGCCACCGGCAGAAGAAACAAGGAGGCCUCCGCCGGAACUUGAGGCCUUCCGACGCAACCAGACCCCUCGCAAGAUUCGACCCUGCGUGGUAAAAAUUGAAGCCCUCCCCACUCAAGUCCGGGUCAUCCGCAGGCCACCCUGCCUGCCUAGGGUAAAUAGAGACAUGCCCCCUCUGUAA